UUCGGUCAACUUUUUACUAGGUUUCCUAGCUAUUCUCUUAUCAUAAGUAGAAGAGCACUGUUGUAGCGAGCGAAAUCGGUCGGGAAGAUGUACGAUGUGAUGUUGGAUGAGGCAAAUUUGUCGCUUGACGAACACGAAGCUCGAGCUCCACCUUCACCUGUGGAAGAUGUUUAUUUCUCCGAUGAAGACGACAUGGAUGCUGUGGAACACGAAAAGUAUCGUCUUCAAGUUCUCGAGUCUUGUGGAUUCGAUGUUGAUUACUUCAACCAUACGUAUAAUGGGAUAAUUCCGCGUGGAUGUAGUCCCUAUGACACGCUCUUCGCAAAGGCUGGACUCCAUUGUUACAAUCUUGAAAAGGGAAAGAAGUUACAAUUCAAGAGUGUACUCAAAGUUAAUGCAGAAAUCGCUUCGCUUUACAAUUCCUAUACAACAUCUGAGGUGAUGGAUCCGAUCAACAACUCACUUCACACUUUCCAAACUUUAGUCACUGAUGCAGGGUAUAAAAACAAAGCGCGUUUGAUACUCGUCACUAAAAUAUGCAGAAUUAAACCUCAAGUACCAGGCAUGGGAGAUGCCACUACCUUGUGGGACUUUGAUGCUAUAGAUGACUUCUACAAAGGUGAUAUGCCAGAUUGGCCACCGAAUGAUGAUCAGUGGCAGUUCUAUGAGGUGAAUGAACUAGAGUUGCGAGACAAUGAAUGGCUUCAUCUAUAUGCUGAAGUUGCAUUGUUCUCCAAGUGGGACUCUGACAUGAGUGCCCAUACGCCAUUUGAAAUGAAGAAAGUAGUGGUACAAACAACAGAAGAUGUAGACUCGAGUAUGAAACUGAAGAUGAACAAUGCAAUCUUCUACAUGAGUUUCAAGGUUCAUGAAGGUCCAGAAUGCAGAGGCAUAGUAAGAAGAACAAGUGAUGGAAUAACAGGACACAUGUGCCUUGAAGCUAGAUGCUGGAUUGACAAUUGACAAGUGAAGCAUAUGGCAGCCGUUAAUCUGAUGUUUUGUGGUCUUUCCUGCUAUGAUAUUUUGUGGUCUCUUCUACCAUUUUGGUACAAAUGCUUUCAUCUAGAAGAAAUAUAUAAUUCCUACAAGAACUUUCUUUCCGAUUUGCACACUAAUUCAUCAUAUACAUGUCUAUAGAUUUUACUUGAA